AUGGCCAUUAAAAACGGCACCAGGCUUUCACGACUGUGGUCCGAACCUGACGGUAUACUCCACCGCGCGGCUCUGCAACAAGCGAACGGCAAACUUGUCUUCCCUGAAGAGCUCGUUCAUAUGACACUCGAUCUCUACGGGACGGAGAUGUCAGGAGUGACGAGUCAUCCUACAAGGACAGCAGAAGAACCCCUUAAGAGGGCCUCUCGGCCAACAAGUCGGCACGAAGUGGCGAACGAGGCGAGGAUCGCGAAAUCGACAUCCCACGAGUCAUCCGCUAGGGUUCAAGCUCCACAGGAUGCGCCCUCCAGCCCUCAAGUCGCUAAUAAGUAUCGAAGACCGGUCGAGACGUCUCCUCGGCCACCUCGGGAGGUGACUGCCAAAACUUUUGCGCAGGGUCCCUUGGAAGCUUUCCGCAACGCAUACCCUUCCUAUUCUGGGAGUGUUGGCGACUUUGUCAAGGCAUGUCUGACUAUCAAAGACCUUCGUCGAAAGCUUCUGCUUCCUAAGUGGCUCUACGAUGACUUCAUUCGAGCAUUUGUGGAUGGCUUCGUUCCUUACAUCGAAACCUUGGAUGACGACGAGUCCCCACUCUCGGCCUAUCAGUGGUACGUUGAGUAUGUAGACCAGCCAGCCUUUCAGGGUGGCAUUGUGACGCGCGAGAACCUUCAUCAGGUUUUCAAGGUGUACCACAGUGCAUACAAGUCGGCAAAGGAGUCCCUUUCCGGGGGGAAAUCUCCGCGUCCGGGAGUUGGAGAGCUGUCUCUACUCGAGAAGGUUCCUCAGACCACAAUUGGCCAGGUAGUCACACCCAAGCCAGGGGCUCGAUCAGAAUCUCACAACCCGAGAGGAACAUCCGCCGACCUCUACAUUUUGUCAAACCAGCCAUCGCCUAUUCUUCAAGAUAACGAGAAGGGUUCUGCAAAUGGACGGCAAGCCAGCAUCAAAGUCGAAGAUGACGACUUCUUAGUAAUUGAACCGCAAAUGCCCUUCACCAAAGGGGAUGCCGGCAAAAAAGGAAUGCCACUCAAGGAGAACACACUCUUGAGGGACACCCCAGCGGCCAUUCAACGCCACAGGGACGUCCUCCCGAGGGAUGAAGACGUCACGAUUGUUUCCAGCACCCCGCGACCUCGAACGGCAAACCCAGAGGAUGCCGCUUCCUCCGAGGAUAAUAACCGCACCCGCGAUGGCCGCAUUCUCAAUACUACCCCGACCGCCCAGACCGCCACCCGUGACUCGCUGCUACCCGAUCGGAAGAAUGCCUCCGCCACGACACCUAGACGAGGCGACGUCAUCGCGGAAACGCCACCCCGGAAUUCGGCGGCUCCAGCCAAGACCGCGACACAGCACCCCGCGGUGCGGCGAAGCCUGCCCGCCUCGUUCGGUUUCGCUCCGCCCUCGGCUUCCAUGCCGAGCGCGGAAACGCAGCGGGGCGGUACGCCGAGAGGCACGCUCUCGGCCUCGACACAGGGGAACCGGGUCAAGAAGCCCAGGAACGAGACGGAGGAAGAAAGAAGGAAGCGAAAGAUGAGGGCCAAGCUCGAGAAGAUGGCCAAGGAGGGACGGCUGGCGCCGCCACCCAGCUCCAUGCCUCCCAAGUUGUAG